AUGUUGACAGUAUUUUUUGACAAAUAUAUACCUUCGCUAUUGGAGUCGUGUAAAAAAUAUAAGAAAAUCACUCCAUUGACGGAAUUGCAGCAGAUACAACUUACUUGCUAUUUACUGGAAUGUUUCCUAAAUAAAUCUUUAUUACCUAGUGAAUGUCCUAAAGAAUGGUAUGAGACAUACUUCGUUUUCUGCAUUGUCUGGGGUUUUGGGUCAGCGCUAUUCCAAGAUCAACUCGUUGAUUGGCGAAAUGAAUUUAGUAAAUGGUUCUGUAACGAGUUCAAGCAAAUUAAAUUCCCUUCCACUGGCAACGUGUUCAGCUUUUUUAUUGAUCCUGAAACAAAGAAAUUUUUACCCUGGUCUGAGAAAGUGGAGAACUUUGAAUUGGAUCCCGAUAUACCUUUACAAGUGAGAAUACAGACAACCCGUAUCAGAUUCUUUAUGGACCUUUUGAUUGCCAAGCAAAAGCCUGUGAUGUUAGUGGGCAGUGCUGGUAGUGGCAAAACUGUGAGUGUCGCCGCCAAGCUGAACGCUCUACCAGACUCCUUCGCAAUAGCCAAUGCGCCGCUGAACUUUUAUACAACGUCUGAAAUGAUCCAAAAAGUUUUAGAAAAACCUCUUGAAAAGAAGUCUGGUCGCAAUUUUGGUCCUCCAGGUAGCAAAUUUAUGAUUUACUUCGUCGAUGAUAUGAACAUGCCAGAAGUAGACAAAUAUGGCACUGUACAACCACAUACGCUUAUUAGACAAUUUAUGGAUUAUAAACAUUGUUUCCCAGGUCUGGACGCUUGUUUCCAUAUCUACAAGCAAAUAUUGUCCCAACAUUUGGCUAACCCAUUAAAUAAGUUCGGCGUUGCGGUCAUAAGAUAUGCAGAGCCUUUGGUCAACGCAGCUCUGGCUCUCCACAAUAAGUUGUCUAGCGUGUUCUUACCGACCGCCAUCAAAUUCCAUUACAUAUUCAACUUAAGGGAUCUGUCCAAUAUUUUCCAGGGGAUUUUGUUUACUACCGGGGACGCCAUUAAGCAGCAGUCAGAGUUAAUAAGAUUAUGGAUGCAUGAAGCUACACGUGUUUACUCCGAUAAACUUGUAGAUUCUUCUGACAAUGAAAACUUUAGUAAACUUAUCACGGAAGUAAUUAAAAAGAAUUGCGAGGAUUUUGAUGAAAAUGUUGUCUUUGAGAAACCUUUGAUAUACUGUCAUUUUGCUGAGGGCAUCGGUGACCCAAAGUAUUUCCCUAUCAAAGACUGGCCUCAGAUCAAAAAGCUAUUGGAUGAAUCUCUUUCGGGUUACAAUGACUUGGUUGCUACGAUGAAUUUAGUUUUGUUCGAGGAUGCUAUGUAUCAUAUCUGCAGGAUUAAUCGCAUUUUGGAGGCACCCCGGGGUAAUGCUUUAUUGGUGGGCGUGGGCGGAUCUGGUAAACAGUCACUAUCACGUCUUUCUGCUUUUAUUUCUUCCUUAGAAGUAUUCCAACUACAACUCAGAAAGGGAUAUGGCAUUAAUGAUCUUAAAUUGGAUUUAGCUGGCUUGUACAUGAAGGCUGGCUUAAAGAAUAUCGGCAACAUAUUCUUGAUGACGGAUGCACAGGUAGCUGAAGAACGAUUCCUGGUACUCAUCAAUGAUCUUUUGGCAUCUGGUGAAAUACCAGAGUUGUUCGCUGAUGAUGAGAUUGAAAACAUAAUCAACGGCGUUAGAGGAGAGGCUAGUUUAGUGGAGCCGGUAGCGGUAUUCAUGUCACACGUUCAUCAGAGUGUAAAUCGCAUGUCAGCAGUAUACUUUCAAAACGAGAGACGUUACAAUUAUACCACGCCUAAAACAUUCCUCGAACAAAUCACACUAUAUUCGAAACUUCUUAACGAAAAGACCAAGAACCUGAUAAUGAUGAUUGCGAGACUAGAAAACGGAUUAGAGAAAUUAGCAUCGUGUGCGGCUGACGUGGCUGUAUUGAAGGUUACUUUAGCAGAACAAGAAAUCGAAUUAAAGAUAAAGAACAAAGCAGCUGAAGAACUCAUUGAAGUAGUGGGAGCUGAGAGUGAAAAGGUGUCCAAGGAGAAAGCUUUUGCGGCCGAGGAGGAAAAGAAAGUAAAAGUAAUAGAAGAGGACGUCACAAUCAAAGCCAAGAUCUGUGCAGAUGAUCUGGCUAAGGCUGAGCCGGCAUUGAUUGCAGCACAAGAAGCGCUGAACACUUUGAACAAGAAUAAUUUGACUGAGCUAAAAUCUUUCGGGUCUCCACCAGACGCUGUAGUCAAUGUAACAGCAGCUGUACUGGUACUGUUCUCCAAAAAAGGAAAGAUACCAAAAGAUAGAUCAUGGAAGGCCUGUAAGUUAAUGAUGGCUAAAGUGGAUCAGUUUUUGAAUGAUUUAGUAUACUACGAUAAAGAAAAUAUUCAUCCAGAUGUCAUUAAGGCGGUACAACCUUACAUCAAAAAUCCAGAGUUCAAUGCCGAGUUUAUAAUGUCAAAGUCGGCUGCGGCUGCCGGACUUUGCUCGUGGGUCAUCAACAUAGCCAAGUUUUAUGAUGUAUAUGUGGUAGUUGAGCCGAAAAGACGCGCGCUAAAUGCUGCAAAUGCCGAAUUGCAGGCCGCUAGAGACAAACUUGCCUUUCUGACUGAUCAGAUCAAGGAAUUAGAGGAGAAAUUGGAAGUUUUGCUGAAAGCAUUCCAGGAAGCAGUGAAUGAAAAAAUGAAGUGCCAAGCAGAAGCUGACGCGACAAAUGCUACUAUUGAUUUAGCUAACAGACUCGUCAACGGAUUAGCAUCUGAAAAAAUCAGAUGGUCAGCGACAGUGGUGAACCUAAAGGAGUCAGGGGUCAUGCUGCCUGGCGAUGUGCUACUCGUGACUGCGUUUAUUUCGUAUGUCGGCUGCUUCAUGCGUGCUUAUAGACAGCAACUUAUGAACGAAGAUUGGGUUCCAAUGCUGGCAAAAACUAACCCAAAAAUUGAAACGACAGAGGGUUUGGAUCCUCUGUCGAUGUUAACUGACGAUGCCCAAGUUGCUGUAUGGAAUAACGAGGGGUUACCAACUGAUACCAUGAGCACUGAAAAUGCUACCAUCCUCACCAACUCAGCACGGUGGCCGCUCAUGAUAGACCCACAGCUCCAAGGCAUCAAAUGGAUUAAGUCCAGGUAUGGCGAUGCGCUCGUGACAAUCCGUUUGACACAACGCAACUACUUGGAUCGCAUUGAGCGUGCUGUUAAUAACGGCAAUGUGGUGAUGCUCGAGAAUAUCGGCGAGAGCGUCGAUGCCGUGCUAGAACCAUUGCUAGGUCGUGUCCUCAUUCGCAAAGGGAAAGUUCUUAAGAUUGGAGAUCGAGAGAUAGAUUAUAAUCCCCAAUUUCGACUAAUAAUGCAAACUAAACUGGCAAACCCUCACUAUCAGCCAGAAAUGCAGGCACAAUGUACACUUAUUAACUUCACUGUUACUAGAGACGGCUUAGAAGAACAAUUACUUGGUGAAGUAGUAAAAGCUGAAAGACCAGAUUUGGAGAGUUUGCGAGCAGGAUUAACAAAACAACAAAAUGAUUUUAAAAUCACAUUGAAGACCUUAGAAGACGAUUUGUUAAAACGAUUGUCCUCCGCUGGACCGGAUAUUCUAAGCGAUUCGGCUUUAGUAAUAAAUUUGGAGACCACUAAAAAAACAGCCGCAGACAUUGAAAUUAAGGUAGAAGAGGGUAAAAUUACUGCAGUAAAGAUUGAUGAGGCUAGAGAAAGAUACAGGUUAGUAGCCACCAUAUGUACUAAUAACAUAAGAGAGAAGAUAACAUUGUUUGUUUCUUUGCAUUAAAUAUGCUCCCAAAGCGAUACUCUGAUUAUAAAAAUUCUUCAACCUACGAGAAAUCACAAUAUGCUGAUGACAUAGGCUAUAAUUUACGCAUGCGCAAUCGCACGAAAACACCUAUAUUAUAGUUUUAAAGUAGAUUAUAACCGAAACUGUUUAAUCUGUUUCAGACGAGCCGCUGCUCGUGCAUCAUUAUUGUACUUCAUCCUAAAUGACAUAAACCGUAUCAACUCGAUGUACCAGUUUUCUCUGAAAGCUUACAGUGUUGUUUUCAAGGACGCCUUGUCUAAGGCGGUUCCCGCUGACGAGUUAGAGGGAAGAAUUCUGCAAUCUGAAGGCAAAGUAGACCCACGGGAACUCGACUUUUUACUUAAAUACGCAGUAGCACCCGAACCAUCUCCAUACAGUUGGCUCACGAACAACUCUUGGGGCGGAGUGAUUACACUUUCCAAGAUGGAUGCUUUCGAAAACCUUGACAAGGAUAUUGAGGGUGCCACUAAGAGGUACACUAUCGGCCCAAUUUCAUCAAGUGGUAUUAGGUUGAGGAGUUCAAUGGCGCAGUGGUUUUGGCGUUCAGUCUGCAAUUGUGUUGGUUAAGUAACUUUUGCAAAGACCUGUCAUCAGAUGGGUGACCAAAAAUUUAUUAUAUCAUGCUCUCCGUAUUUCGGAGAGUAUGAUAAUCUGUCGAUCCCAGCUAGUUAAGGCUAAAUAGCCUAUCAAAUGCUAUGGCCAAUCUCCCUAUGUUAUUUUAUCCACAAGGAAAACUAUACUUAUGUCCCAGCAAUGUGGACAUCAGUAGGCUAACGAUGAUGGUUAGGUAACCAACAAAGCGAUAAUACAAGCCAACUUAAUUACCAGUUACUUAUUACAGCUUGA